AUGGCUACCACCAAACGACCAAACUUUCUCAUCAUAGUAGCUGAUGACCUCGGCUUCAGUGACACAAAACCUUAUGGUUCUGAGAUCGAAACCCCGGUCCUUGAUCGGUUGUCCAAAGAUGGCAUACGUUUGACCAACUUCCACACGGCGCAGGCGUGCUCGCCCACGAGAUCUAUGCUCUUUUCGGGGACUGACAACCAUAUCGCAGGCCUUGGCCAAAUGGCCGAGGCUGCCCAAAUGAAGAGGAGAGCCACCGGAAAAGACCCUUCAUAUAUCGGCAAACCGGGUUACGAAGGCUACCUCAACUGGAAAGUGGCUGCACUACCCGAGAUCCUCUCGGAUGCUGGUUACCUGACCAUCAUGUCUGGGAAGUGGCACUUGGGCAUGACACCAGAUGUCUCGCCCAGCGCCAGAGGCUUUAAGAAGAGCUUUGGUUUCCUACCUGGAUGCGGUAAUCAUUUCAACUAUGAGCCCCAGUUUGACCAGACUGAAGAUACCAUGCUGCUUACGUCUGACGGUUUCUGGAUGGAGAACGAAAAAACGAUUGACAGAAAGAAGGACUUGCCGGAUGACUUUUACUCGACCAAUUUCUUCACGGAUAAGUUUAUCGAUAUUCUUGCUAAUAGGACCGAGGCCGAGAAACAGCAGCCGUUCUUCUCUUACUUGGCCUACACGGCACCGCACUGGCCAAUGCAGGCACCGGAGGAAGUGAUUGAGAAAUAUCGCGGCAAAUACGACCAGGGGCCAGACAGGCUUAGACUCGAUCGCUUGGAGCAGUUGAAGAAAUUGGGUCUUGUGCCAUCUGACGUUGAAGCCGCCCCUCCUGUUGGCUUUGAGUCAGGCGUUAGAUGGGACGACCUCACGGAGCAUGAGCGUGCCAUUUCCGCGAGAAAAAUGGAGGUGUACGCAGCCAUGGUUGACUUGAUCGACCAGAACAUCGGCAGGGUGGUUGACGCACUUGAAGCUUCUGGCGAGUUGGACAAUACCUUCGUCUUGUUCAUGUCGGAUAAUGGAGCAGAAGGGUCGACAUUGGAGGCAGCGCCACUCUUGUCGUCAUUCAAGACGCUCGGCGAGCUGAUCGCGGCGUACUAUGACAAUAGCCUUGAGAACAUCGGCAAGCAUGAUUCGUACGUCUGGUAUGGCUCGAGAUGGGCUUGUGCUGCCACCGCCCCCUCUCGUGGGUUCAAGGGGUGGUCAACCGAGGGUGGAAUCCGCUGCCCUUGUCUUGUCCGAUAUCCGCCACUUCAAAAAACCCCGAAUGCAAUCUCGCACUCUUUCACAACAGUCAUGGACAUUCUUCCCACCGUUCUUGACCUUGCGCAGGUGCAGCAUCCAGGAGCAUCAUUCAGGGGUCGCAGUGUUGUCCUUCCACGAGGCAAGUCCUGGAUCAACCACCUUGCAUCGCCCUCUGAGAACCCUGCCGUGCAUGAAGAUGAGAAUCACAUUCAUGGCUGGGAGCUGUUUGGCAACCGUGCCAUUCGUAAGGGAAACUGGAAGGCGGUUCUGUUAGCAAGGCAGGGCGGCGAUAGCUGGGAGUUGUACAACGUUGAAGAGGAUCCAGCCGAGCAGCAUGAUGUAGCAAAGUCCCGGCCUGAAAUUCUGGAGGAAAUGCUUGUACACUGGGCCACGUACGUCGCUGAGACGGGUUUGGUGGAAGACGCGUUUUGA